CACCCCACAAGAUGUAGACCAGAAGACAGAGGCUAAAACUGCACACAGUCUUCGGGUUUAAGGUCUAUUUAUUUAUUCAUUCAUUGUCCCCACAUUAAUUUAUGCACACCACAACAGGCAUUUGGAAGGCAUUGACAACAUGAGGAAUUAUAGGGAUUAAACUCCAAUCAUCAACUUAGCAGCUUUUACCACUGAACCACCAUGCCAGCCCUGCCUUGAGUUUGUGGGUACCCACAUAUAUAGUUUACAGUGUUGGGGAUCAGACACAUGGCCUCCUGAUUGCUAAGCAAGCACUCUACCAUUCAGCUAUAUGUUCAACCCUAAGCCUUAAAAUCCUUGUGUUGUGUUUUGUUUCUUGAGACAGGGUAUAUGUUAUCCUGGCUAUCUUGAAACUCAAUAUGGAGACCAGGCUGGCCUCAAACUCAUAGUGAUCCUCCUGCCUCCUGAGUGCUGGGAUUAAAAUCAUGUACCACCAUGCCCAGUUAAAAUUCUUUUUUUGGAUGGGGUGUGGUUUGAGAGAGGGUUUCUCUGUGUAGUCCUGACUGUCCUGGAACUAGCUCUGUAGACUAGGCUGCCCUCAAACUCACAGAGAGAGAUCCUCCUGCCUCUCUGCCUUCCUGAGUGCUGGGAUUAAAGGUAUGCCCCACCAUGCCCAACUGAAAUUCUUUUUAUAAGGAUUUUUUAAAAUUAUGUGUACAUGUAUUUGUCUGUGAGUGGGUAUGUGCAUGCAUAUGUAGAUGAUGCUUGCAGAGCCCAGAAGAGGGUGUCAGAGCCCCUGGAGCUGGAGUUAGAGGCAGUGGUGAGCCCUGCAAAAUGAGUGCUCGGAACCCAACUCAGGUCCUCUAGAGGAGCAGUAAGUGCUCUUAACCACUGAACCAUCUCUUCAGCCCCUAGGCCUUGAAAUUCUUACUGGGCUAAUUGUAGGUCAAUUGACCUUCUUACCAAAAAAAUUCUCUUAUCUUGGCUUCUGAGAUCCAAGAAACAGACACUUUGCCGGACUAUCCCCUCACCUCUCUUUGUACCUCAGCUAACAUAGCCACCAUUGCCCAGUAUGUUUUUUUUUUGUUUUUGUUUUUGUUUUUUGAGACAGGGUUUCUCUGUGUAGCCUUGGCUGUCCUCCUGUAGAUCUCGCUCUGUAGACGAGGCUGGCCUCAAACUCACAGAGAUCCACCUGGCUCUGCCUCCCGAGUGCUGGGAUUAAAGGCGUGCGCCACCACUGUCUGGCUGCCCAGUAUGUUCUUGCUAUAGCCUAAAUCAUACUACAUUAUUGUUAGUGCUUAAUUCUCCUCUUCCCCACCUCUUACUUCUUCUUCCCCACCCCUUUCCAGGGGCUCACUCUAUAGUUCAGGCUGGCCUAGCACUAUGUAUAUGAAGCUGGCUUUGAACUUGUAACAUUCCGCCUCUUCUGCCUUAGCAUGGACCACAAUCCCCACCCCUGAUAAAUAUCUAAUUUCCGCCUACAGAUUGUGAGCUCCAUGUAUCACUUAUCUCUGUAUUCUCUGAGCCUGGCUGUCAUAACAAAUCGUUGAACGAAUAUGAGAACACCUAGCACCAUUUCACUGAACGUCUACAAGGAAACAGCCAAUCAGCGAGCUCGGCGGUGACCAAUGGGAAGCGCGGAUGAGCGGACCGCCUAAUUUGAACGCGCCGCGCCGGAAGAAGGUUGGUUCGGUGGAAGAGGGUACGGGGAAACUCAAUCCGGGGUCCGAGGGCUCCGGUCUGUGGCGGAGGGACGCAUGAGGGACACCAGCGGCUGGAACCGACGAAAGGUGUUGCCAUGGUGAUGGCUGUGGAAGACAGCGUGGUGCGUGUGGUCGUUCGGGUGAGGCCUCCCACCCCAAGGGAGCUAGAGAGUCAGCGGCGGCCUGUGAUUCAGGUGGUAGAUGAGCGGGUGCUGGUGUUUGACCCUGAGGAGUAUGAUGGGGGGUUUCCUGGCCUAAAAUGGACUGGCUCCCACAAUGGCCCCAAGAAGAAGGGCAAAGACCUGACAUUUGUCUUUGACCGAGUCUUUGGCGAGGCGGCCACUCAACAGGAUGUGUUCCAGCACACUACACACAGCAUCCUUGACAGCUUCCUCCAGGGCUACAACUGCUCAGUGUUUGCCUAUGGAGCUACUGGGGCCGGGAAGACACACACCAUGCUGGGAAGGGAGGGAGACCCUGGCAUCAUGUACCUCACCACCAUGGAACUAUACAGGCGUCUUGAAGCCCGUCAGGAAGAAAAACAGUUCGAGGUCCUCAUCAGUUACCUGGAGGUAUAUAAUGAGCAGAUCCAUGACCUCCUGGAGCCCAAAGGACCCCUCACCAUCCGUGAGGACCCUGAUAAGGGAGUGGUGGUACCGGGGCUUUCUUUCCACCAGCCAGCCUCAGCUGCACAGCUACUGGAGAUGCUGACCAGGGGCAACUGCAGCCGCACACAGCACCCCACGGAUGCCAACGCCACGUCUUCCCGCUCUCAUGCCAUCUUCCAGAUCUUUGUGAAGCAGCAGGACCGGGUUCCAGGACUGACCCAGGCCCUUCAAGUAGCCAAGAUGAGCCUGAUUGACCUGGCUGGCUCAGAGCGGGCAUCUAGCACCCAUGCCAAAGGAGAGCGGCUACGGGAGGGUGCCAACAUCAACCGCUCUCUGCUAGCCCUCAUCAAUGUCCUCAAUGCCCUGGCCGAUGCAAAGGGCCGCAAGUCUCAUGUGCCCUACCGAGACAGCAAACUGACCCGCCUGCUCAAGGACUCCAUUGGGGGCAACUGCCGCACCGUGAUGAUUGCGGCCGUCAGCCCUUCCAGCCUGACCUACGAGGAUACUUACAACACCCUCAAAUAUGCUGACCGUGCCAAGGAGAUCAGACUCACGCUGAAGAGCAACGUGAUCAGCCUGGACCAUCAUAUCAGCCAAUAUGCCACCAUCUGCCAGCAGCUCCAGGCCGAGGUGGCUGCCCUGAGGGAGAAGCUCCAGGUGUAUGAGGCAGGAGCCCAGGCCCAGCAACAGCACUCCCCACGGUCCCCCAAGUUGAGCAUACCACAACACCUUCCGAGCUCCCCAUUACAGCCUGGGAACUGCAGCCAGUCCUACACCCCAGGACUCCAUGCAGAGUGUGGAACCCUUCAAGAGGAGAACCUGGAGACAGAGGCCCAGGAACAGAGGGUUGUGGAAGAAAAUGCUUCAGAGCAGGAGCAGUCCCUACAGGACAAGCAGUUUCCAACCCAGAUGCCAGAGCCGGACCUGCCAGGGUCGCCUAGUGUGACUUUGCAGCCGAAGUCGGUCAUGAGCCAACACUCGCCACAGAGACUGGACGGGGAUCAUUUUAAGCAGUUGGCCCUCCGGGUGUUGUGCCUGGCCCAGCAACAAUACUCCCUGCUGCAGGCAGCCAACCUCCUGACUCCUGACAUGAUCUCAGAAUUUGAGACCCUGCAGCAGUUGGUGCAUGAGAACACUGAACCUGGGGCUCAGAGCCCCAGGGCUCCUGGUCGGGCGAGGGGGCACCCCCUAGCUCAGGAGUGCUCAGAGUCCAAAUCUUCAGGGUACUGUGGUCCUGUCACCCGGACCAUGGCAAAGCAACUGAAUGGCCUCACGCACACCCUGGGAGUCCCACUCGGACCUGACUGCACCUCAGACAAGACAUUCCAAAAGCCCGCCGAGGAGAGGAAGAAGAAGAGGAAACUGAGCCCCACAGAGCCGGGCAGUCCACCAGCCCCGACUCAGGAGAUGAAGCGCCAGCGCCAGUCCUUCCUCCCCUGCCUGAGGAGGGGAUCUCUACCUAAGGCCCAGCCUGCCUCCGAGCCCAGAACCCCCAGAGGAGAAAGGGCCUCCUCCCCCUCCUCCCGGGUCUGCCCAGCUACUGUCAUUAAAAGCCGGGUGCCCCUGGGCCCUUCUGCCUUACAGAACUGCUCCACUCCUCUCGCCCUACCCACUCGUGACCUCAACACCACCUUCACCGUCUCCGAAGAGUCCCCCUUCAAACCCAGCUUCCAUGAUCCUGUUGGCUGGGAGGAAGUCCCCCAGGAGCUGAACUGCACAGACCAGCCCUUCAUUCCCAGUGCACCUGUGCUCACGUUCACCAUGAAGGGCCCCAAAUCUUCUCUACCUACAACCACUGCCGGCAAGAAGAGGCGUACUGUGAGGUCUUCAGUUUCCCGAGGCCGCAGCUGCAUUGCCCGCCUCCCCAGCAGCACUUUGAAGAAGCCAGACGGACCCUUCACAGUCCCAGAACCACCCUUGAGUCCCCACUGCCUUGGUGACCAGAGGACUCAUAAGGGACUGAUUGGUGUGACAGAGUGCUGUUAACUGGGUAUCCUGACCACGAGGCCUCCAAGCUCAUCCUGAUCCGCCAACACCUCUAGGCUGACAGCGUUCUCUGGUCUGGUGCUGCCAAUACCAUGAGCCCUGAUCUGCCCUCCUGCCCUUGGAACAAUUAACACCAACAUGCCUUGCCGGUAUUAACACCCCUCCCCAACCAUCCACCUGCUCUUUGCCUCUUUAGUAAUCUGUUACACUCAGCUUCUUGACAUAUAUAUAUAUAUUCGUUUGUGAGUAUUAAACAUGUGGCUAUAUUAAAGGAUCCUGUCAUGCUUUCUCAUUCCCAAAGCCUUCCAUGCAAGGAACUCUUAUGCUCUGUUCUCUACCCCCGAACCUCAUGUCUGACAUCAGACUCCACAGUGAAGGUGGAGGAUGAGGACAAGUCCUGCUCAGCUCUUCUGGUGUUUGAGAUGGGCAUCUUCAGCCCUGUGCCCACAGCCUGGGGUGGGAACGCCUCACCCCUUGAUGAUAUAGCUCAUGACAGGUGCUUUGGUUUAUAUUAUUUUCACUCACUAAACACGAGCCAUACACCCAGUGUAUAAGAAGAGAGGGGAAUGUAGCAUUAAUGUUACCACUUAUAUAUAAAUGCUAGCUAGUUACAUUGGUAUUUAAGUGUCCUUGACUUUUCCAUAUAUGUGUAUUUAUAUGUAAAUAUUUAUAUGUAUAUACACACAGGUGUAUGCCUAUAGAUCUAUAGGUUUUUCUCCUGUAAUGAUUAUUAAAUCAUCUGCACCUCU